CGUCUGAAGAAGGAAAGAACGGAAGAAGAACUCGAUUAGUUUAGGUUAAAGUUAGUUUUUGCUUUUGUCAUAUGAAGGAUAUGGGCAGAUGUGGAAAUGUUGCGUUUUGCGCGAUGGUGCUCUUCUACUGUUCUUUGAUUACAGGUGAUUACCGCUGCGUGUCGUCUGCGGCUUACGUGUCCUCACCACCUCACGCCUCUGUGAAGAGAAGAGACGGCGUGCGUGACGUCAACAUGACACCGUCCCCGCAGCCGGAGACACCACCUGUCAGCAAUCAGACACAGUCCUCGACCAGCCACACGAGCAGCACUGAGCCCACGCCUCACACAGACACGACGACAGAGACGGUGGCGAACUCAUCCGCCCCAGCGGAGAACGUCAGUUUCUCUGGGAACAUCCCCAACAGUCGAAAUGAGUCUGAUGUGUCACCUACGAAUAAUCAGACAACAGUUACCAUGGAAAGAUCUACAACACCUACUACAGUCCUGCCGUCAACCACCCAUGAGACCACAAGCAUCAACCACAUCACCACCUUCCACCUGACACCCCCUGAAACCACCAGAGCUCCAGAAGCGACCCGGCCAGAAUCAACGAGCACACAUCCCAAACAGAAAUCCUCUCCCACAACAGCAUCAUCCACUGCAGCCGCCUUCCCCGCGGUCAGCACACAGAUGUCAACGAGCAGCAGUCCCAUCCAGGCCAAAGCCCACGUGGACAACCCCUCGGCACUGAACGUCGGAGACGAUGACAAUAAAGUAUCCACUGACCCGCUCCUGGCUGGACUGGUGUCGGCGUUUGUCGUCGUUGCUGCCAUCGUGUCGGUCCUCAUAUUCCUGAAAUUCAGAAACACAAAUGACGGCCCAGAGUUUCGCAGACUUCAAGAUCUCCCCAUGGACGAUAUGCUGGAGGACGCCCCUCUCUCCAUGUACAGCUACUGAAAAACGUAGAUGUUCCUCGGACAUCUUCAGAGCGCCCAACAUCCUCUGUUCAACACAAGACAGACAGAAUUGAAUGGCUCAUGUGCUUCAUAGAGGCACAAACACUCCUGUUGUUUCUGUCACAGGACUAAAUGUAGCGUAAUACUCCACUUUAGUUGUUAAAUUCACCGUGGCCGUCAGUGCCUGUUUGUUGCAUUGUGUUCUUGCACUUUACGUGGGGUUUGGGAAUAUUUGGGAGCUGUUUUUUGCUCUGUGUGUUCAUUUGUUUCUCUGAUAGCUGUGCCAUCUCUGGAUCUGCUUCAGUUGUGUGUGUGUGUGUGUUACAUUUUGUCUAAUUCUAGAAUUCUAACUUGCUGCUUUGUUGUUUUUCUGAUCAAGUUCUUGUUUUUGUUAAAGAGCAACAGUCAUGUUUACAGUAGUGCACUUAUAAUGCAAGUCUAUGGGGCACCAAAACAAACAAUGAAAUGCAUUUUCAACAGUACAGCCAUGUGACGUAAACAAUACACGGGUUAACAUGAGACUAGUGUACUAACGUUGUCUGUGUAAAGUUAUACUGUUUUUCAGCUCCUGUAAAGCUGCUAAACACUGUAACCUUUGCAUGGCACACACAAGGAUAGACUUCAUAGUAAAUGCAUUACUGUAAACUGAUUUUUAAACAUGAACAGCAUUUCCAGUGUCAAUUUCACUUUGUUCUCUGCUUCAUUCCCAAGGACGUUUCCACUUCUGAGAAAUGCUAUUUUUGUCUGGCAUAUAAACAUUCACUUAACUUCAAGAGAAAAUUGGGAAUUAUUUUUAUCAUUUGGAUUGUCUUCAAAUAGACAAAACAACAAUGGCGAAAAUGCAAAUGCCUCUUUUAACCGAAACAACUUCAAUGCUUUCAGUUACGAUGUUUUAAGAUAAAAAUAUCCAUUUAGGUGCACUUUGACAGGCAGCCAACACUGAGCAACGCACAGUAAGACGUUUAGCCAUAGUUUUAAAGAGAUAGUUCGUUAAAAAAUGAAUUUUUGUGU